AUGGUCAAGAAGACAUCCAAGGCUCAGAAAGCCAAGCUACGUAGAGCAGGCAGUAGUACAGAUGAUGGCGAUUCCCAAGGCGGUCGAGGCGGUCAAGGUGGACGGGGCCGGGGCCGAGGCCGAGGACGAGGGCGAGGAGGUGCCGCCGCUGGAGGAGGCAGGUUAGCAAGAUCUGCACUGCUACCGCCAGAUCAACAAGCUGCUUUCGAAUCACGCAGACGUACCGUCCAGCUGGAAGAAUCUGCCUUUUCCAAGCUCUCACCACCGGUGUUGGAACGACUCAACAUUCUCGCCUCUUACGCGGACCUUCGACGUCCCAUUCCUGACGAGCUCACUCGUUUCACCUAUUCCAGAUUUGGUCGAGCCAGAGCAGAGAAUCAUCAGCGUCUCGUCGAUCAUGAACACAACAAGAAGGAGGAGCGAAACUCACAUCCGCUUGCUGGCUGGCUUGAUAACGCUUCGCAGCCACCAGCAAAAAAUCAACAUCAAGACCAAGCCGAUAGCUCCUCAGAUGACGAGCAUGUCGAUCUCAACGAGACAAUAGAUCCAGGUGUUACCGGGAUCGAACAGACUGGAGAGCUCCGUCUGCCCAAACGACCCAAAUGGCGAUCCGACAUGGACACCAAGACGAUUCAUGCGCAAGAGGAAGAAGUUUUUCGGCAGUGGCUACGCAAGACAGACGCAGUCGUGGAACGCGCUUUCUUCACGUCCUCGCCCAUGUUCGCCGGGCUGACGUCACAUACCCGCUCUCAGGAUAAGGCUGCGUUUGGCUCUUCCUCAUCCUCGUCCACCGCAGCAAUGGGCGGAAGCCGCAUGGUCUCGUCCAUCACGUCUCGAGACAGCAUCGCGCAGCUACUCCAACACCGUCCCUCUCCCGGCACCUCUGUCAUCGGCAGUCUAUACGAACGAAACAUUGAGGUCUAUCGCCAGCUGUGGAGAGUCUGCGAGCGAAGCGACCUCGUCUGUGUCCUCGCUGAUGCGAGAUGUCCUCUGCUACACCUGCCACCCAGUCUCAUUGGCUUCUUGGAGCGGUACAUGCGGCUCAAAGUCAUCAUCGUUCUCACAAAAGCCGACAUUGUACCCAAGCACAUCGUCGAUGCAUGGAAGACGUAUCUCAAGCAACUUUAUCCGAGGUGGGAGGUGGUCGCUACCGAGAGCUAUGCCAAGCUGGAGCGUAUGGAGGGCCAAGGGUCGCGGACGAGGUUCGCGCCCUACCUGUCGCCGCAUUCCAGGAAGGAUCUGUUUGUGGCGCUACGAAAGGCACACACUGAUUUGAUCACACCGCCAAAGGUAGUGCAGGAAGACGCAAACAAGAGCAAAGAGUGGACACCGCCUUGCGCGACCGAUACAGACUGGGAUGGGGUUGAGAGGCGCGUGCAGCUUCAUACUGAAGGGUUCGAGUCAGGAUCAGGUGUCGAGGCUCAGGAAGACACCGGCACCAAGGAUGAGCGGACCACAGACAAAGACAGCAAGGAUCCAAAAGCUACCCGAUCACACCUACCGUAUCUAACUAUCGGACUCAUCGGACAGCCCAACGUAGGCAAAUCGAGCCUUCUCAACGCUUUGUUUGGCUCGAAAGUUGUCCGAGCGUCCAAAACGCCAGGCAAGACCAAGCAUUUCCAGACUCACUUUCUCGUUCCACUACGCUCGUCCUCUUCUUCCACCCCGGUCCAAGCUGACCAGCCUAAGGCUGGGGGAGAAGAAUCUCAUCGCGGUCAAAUCCGACUCUGCGAUUCACCAGGACUCGUAUUCCCGUCUCUGAUUGGGAUGGAGAUGCAAGUGAUGGGGGCAAUAUUAGCCAUCUCUCAAGUGCAAGCCAUCACGUCAUGCGUCCGAUUUGUUGGCGAGCACAUUGCGCUUGAAAAGGUGCUUCAGCUGGAGUAUCCGCCUGACGAGGACGAGGUAGAGGAGGCGCAAGAGCUAUGGACUGGUGUUAAGAUUUUGGAGGCAGUCGCUAGGAGGUAUCUGUUCAAGACGGCGAAAGCGAAUCGGUGGGAUGUGAAUCGGGCGGGAAACCUGGUGAUGCGUGCUGUGGCUGAGGGAAGGAUCAAGUGGGCUUUUCGUCCACCCUCGAGUGCCAUGGUAGAGGAAAGCAGCAUGGGCGAGGGUGUCUGGUUUCCAGAGGUUGAACGAGCCGUCGAUCAGGAUACCAGCACAGACUUGCUUACCGCACCGAACCCGGACGACGACGAAGAACACGGCAACGAGAAAGAGGAUACGGAUAGCAAGACCUCUGAAGAGCACAGCGAGACCGAUGACGACCAGACGAUUGCCCGUAAGGUCAGAUUCGACUUUGGCGCUGUCGAAAGUGAAGAUGAUGGCGAUGAGGACGACGAUGUUGAAGUGGAUCAGGGAGGGCUCGGUGGAUCAACUAAUUCGCUCUUCAGCGCUCUCGCUGUCGAAGAUGGCGAUGAUGACGAUGAAGAUGACGAGGAUGAACAAGAAGAGGACGAGUAA